GAAAAGAGGUCCGACGAAGAGGUUGCAGAGCGAGUUCAGCCUCAUUUGCACGUAGAAGUUCUCAGCCAUCUAUUACAGCCUUACUCGAUAUAGCCUUGCUGCCUGAUACAAUUGCCGCGGUUUAUCCGACGCGCCAAAAUUGUUCGUCGUGAAACAUUGUCGCUUUUGUCUUCGCAUGCCUCUCAUCCUUACCCAGUCUAUACUUCAACAUGAGGCCGGUGUUACGGCAAUCGAGCCUCUUCCAGUGGGGCCACACCCCGCGAACCAGGUCUUGUGUUUUGUUCCGGCAGCGCCGCUUCUUUGCUGCCGUGACGGACGCAGUCAGGCCCUACGAUGUCAUCGUCAUUGGUGGUGGCCAUGCAGGGACAGAAGCCAGUGCCGCCGCUGCCAGAUCAGGCGCUCGCACAGCGCUGGUCACUCCGUCACUGUCCAACCUGGGCGUUUGUUCCUGCAAUCCUAGUUUUGGGGGCAUAGGAAAGGGCACCAUGAUCCGAGAGAUCGAUGCACUAGACGGAGUCGCUGGUCGCAUAAUCGACAAAGCCGGUAUCCAAUUUCGAAUGUUAAAUAUCAAGAAAGGUCCUGCGGUAUGGGGGCCGCGAGCGCAGAUCGACCGAGACCUAUACAAGAAGUAUAUGCGGGAAGAGAUGUUGUCAACACCAAACCUGAGCAUAUUGGAAGGCAAAGUCGCGGAUAUCAUUGUUUCAAGAGAGGGUAUUGAGGCGGGCGACAAGAUAUCGCAAGGACAUAUCACCGGCAUUCGUCUUGAAGAUGGCCAUGUCAUUCCUGCUUCCCAUGUGGUUAUCACUACUGGGACGUUUCUCGGUGGGGAGAUACACAUCGGACUGGAAGCAUAUCCCUCUGGACGAAUGGGGGAGGCUGCUACCUUUGGCCUGAGCAAGUCACUGCGGAGCGCAGGAUUCACAUUGGGACGACUGAAGACCGGGACCCCGCCACGCCUGGAUCGCGACACCAUUGAUUUCAGUGUGUUGCAAGUGCAGCCGGGCGAUUCGCCGCCGGCGCCAUUUUCUUACCUGAACGACACUGUUGAGAUUGGGGAGGCUGGUCAAUUGAACUGCUGGACCACCUAUACCAACGAAGCGUCCCAUGAGAUUAUCCGGGCUAACCUGGACAAGUCGAUUCAUAUUCGAGAAACGGUGAAAGGGCCCCGAUACUGUCCGUCCCUGGAAUCUAAGAUCAUCAAAUUCAAGGACAAACAAAGACAUAUGAUAUGGCUGGAGCCUGAAGGUCUUGAGCCAAACAAAAUCAUCUAUCCUAAUGGUAUCAGCAUGACCGUCCCAGCCGACGCGCAGUACGCCAUGCUCAGAACCGUCAGGGGGCUUGAGAAUGUCAAAAUGCUCCAACCUGGGUACGGUGUCGAAUACGACUAUAUUGACCCACGAAAUCUAUUCCCGACCCUCGAGACAAAGCUCAUAAAAGGGCUUUUCCUCGCUGGACAAAUCAACGGCACCACAGGCUACGAGGAAGCCGCGGCUCAAGGAAUUGUCGCCGGUAUCAAUGCAGGGUUGUCCGCUCAAGGAAAAGGAUCAUUCACUCUUUCCCGCGCUGAAGCAUUCAUCGGCAUCCUCAUCGACGACCUCAUCACAAAAGGUGUGAGUGAACCAUACAGAAUGUUCACUGCACGAAGUGAAUACCGCAUGAGCUGCCGUUCCGACAACGCGGACCUGCGACUGACAGAGAAAGGCCGCAAGGUCGGCGUGGUAAGCGACAGGCGCUGGGCUCAUUUCACGAACAGUCGAGACCAAAUGGUAGAGCUGCAAAGCAAGCUUGAAGAAGUGCGAUACCCAAGCACGGAAUGGGUGAAAAUGGGGUUUCCCUCACGCAUCGACUCCAACCGCCGGAGCGCAUUUGAUAUGCUCCGUGUGACUGGUGUCGACAUGAACACCAUCGCGGACCGCGUCCAAUCUCUCCCGUCAAUCUCUAAUUACUCCAGCAAGAUCAAGAACAGGGUCUCGAUUGAGAGCCUCUAUGCUCCUUACAUCUCCUUCCAACACAAAGCCGCAGAAUCGUUUGCCAGGGACGAAUCGCUCGCUCUACCCGCGGACCUGGACUACGAUUCGGUGUUUGGGCUGAGCAUUGGUGAGAGGGAAGUGUUGAAGCUGGUGCGCCCUGCCAGUGUCGGGAUGGCGAGAAGAGUUGAGGGCGUAACGCCACAUGGGGCGCUGAGGCUGUUGAGGUAUGCGAAGAGAAAUGGGCGUAGCAAGAUGACAGAGGACGAAUUGUUGCCUCGGGAUGGUGGAGCUCAACCUGAAGGAGCUGUACCUGUAUAACAUGAUAUUUGGUGGCAGCACAAUCGAGAUUGAGGGAGGUUGCAUAGCGACGGCGUCUUGACUGCUGGCACGGUGACUUCCAUCUUGCCGGACUUGGAAUGAAUGAUCAAUACUGC